GCGAGUCACGUGCCCAGCUCCCAAGCGGAGUUUCCACGACAGCUGGAAGCCGAGCGGCACGGGCGCAUCGCUUCUUUGCUAAAAUUACUGGAAAUAACAAGACUCGUGCUCGUCUCAGCACCUCCACAUAACCGCAGGUCUGGCAUGGGCGACAAGAGGAGUCCCACAAGGCCGAAGCGUCAACCGAAGCCCUCCUCCGACGAGGGGUUUUGGGACUGCAGCGUGUGCACGUACAAGAACACGGCAGAGGCUUUUAAGUGCAUGAUGUGUGAUGUCAGGAAGGGGACGUCAACAAGGAAGCCUCGUCCCGUCUCCCAGCUCGUCUCGCAGCAGCAGGUAACACAGCAGUUUGUGUUGCCCUCGCAGCCCAAAAAGGAAAAGAAGGAGCGUGUAGAGAGGGAGAAGAGCGACAGAGAGCCGGCACUCAAGAAGAACAGUCACAAGAAGAUGAGGCCCAGGUUAAAAAACAUCGACCGGAGCAGCGCCCAGCACCUGGAGGUGACGGUUGGGGACCUGACAGUCAUCAUAACAGACUUUAAGGAGAAGGCCAAGCCCUCGUCCACCUCGGCUACGUCAUCCAGCACCGCGUCCACGGCCGACCACCACAGCCAGAACGGCUCCAGCUCAGAGAACACAGAGAAGGGGCUUUCCCGCUCCUCCUCACCCCGGGGAGAGGGGAGUUCGGUCAACGGAGAAUCUCACUGAGUCACCCCUUCCCUCGGAAACAACCCCCCCCCCACCCGCACCCCCACCCACCCACCCAGCCUCCACCCACAUCUCAUCUGCAAAUCCACAGGUCACUGGUGGGGCAUCCUGCCUCUCCUUUACAGCUGCACAUUACUGACUAAUACAGUUUUGCUUGCUUUCUUUUGGAUAUUACAAUUUCAGUAGGAACUGUGAUCAUCAGAUUUGCUGAGUUUAAUUAGUUUAAAGAUUCUCCGCGGCACUGGAAUUCUAGAAAAGCAAUAUGAAAUACCUUUUGCUCCACCUUCGAGGUUGAUCUACGUCUUGGACAUUUGGUGCAAUUGAAAGGAUCCCACACCCAGUCCAAACUUCACUAUGAGAAAAUUUACCAAGACAGUUUUAUUCUGACGAAGAACUUCCUCAGAACUCACCUGAGAUAUGUCUGAAUAAAUGUUUGGACAAGCUUUACGGUCCUGUGCGGUUUCCUUCAGAUGCACCGGCCUGUCAACAUUAUCCUCUCUUUUUCCUUUUUCUUUUUUUAAGAUAUUUUUGUUAAAUAAUGUGCAGCCCCACCCUUGACAUCACCUUCAGUGGCCGGCAGAGUGACCUAUUGUGGAAUCUUCAGCCUCUGUCUGAAAUCUUUACCCAGCCGUUACAAACCUGAACCCUCUACGACGCACUCCCAGUGUCCCCUACACUGAACCUUCAACCUCACAGCGAACCUUUCCUCCUGCUCUUGAUUACUCCAGGCUUUUACUUGUGGACUGCCUCUGCUGUGGAGUGACUUUUUUGACACAGCAUUAGUGGCUGUACUCCCGCUGGCAACAUUUGGUGUUUUUGGGUAAUGUUUGGAGCAGGUUGUUAGUUCAGGUAAUGCUUGUUUUGUUUGUAUAGGGCAUCAGGCAGGUUUUGAUAAAAGCCCUUUUAAAAAAUGAUGUGAGAAGGUACAGUGAAUGAUUUUAAAGGAUAAUACUGGUGUUUUUUUGUUGUUGUAAGUUAAUGCCACAGUCAGCCGCAAUGGGGACACAAUCAGGGUUUUGUUCAUUUGUCCUUACAGCCAUUUAUUUUGAACAGUAUACAGACAACAACCACACACCUGCAUUAAGUGAUAUUUUUGAUACAAACAUAACAUCAUGUUAAUAUCAGCAGUCAGAAGCUUAACUCGCAGAGAAUUAGCUACUCUCCAGCAAUAUACAGCUCUGAGCUCAUUGUUUCGGUGUUCUGAUUCCUACAGAGCUUAUCCAAUCAUUAGAAACAAAGCCUAAUUACAUUACUGAUUACUUGCACCAAAAUGUAAUGCAUUUCUGUUAUCAGUAACUUUUAGUUCCAUUUUAAAUGUCUAUUUGGAUUGCUGCCAUUGGUAAUCAGCCUAUAGCUUUCAUUUCAGUACUGUUGUUGCUAACCAGCUGUCUAAAAACUGCAGGUGACUCUACAGCGUACUGCACUGUUAGUUCGUUACGUUGUCCCUUGGAAAAAAUUUAAGUCCAACCUCAGUUGCUUCAUCAUGUAUAUCCAAACAUAUCCAUGCAUUAACUAGUAGUAUAGCCAAAUUAGAUGGACAGUUUUCCAUCCAAUGACAACGUAAAACUCAUCCUUUGUAGUGUGUUACUUUGUUGCACAUUAUAUUGCAGCAUGCUACUUUGCAACAUGCUACUUUGCAACGCAUUACUUCUUUGCAGUGCAUUACUUUGCAGCUAGCUACUUUGUAGUGUGUUACUUUGCAGCGCAUUACUUUGCAGUGUGCUACUUUGUUGCACAUUACAUAGUAGCAUCCUAUUUUGCAGCUAGCUACUUGGCAGUGUAUUACUUUGUUGCACGUUACAUCACAGCAGGCUACUUUACAAUGUGUUACUUUGCAGCUUGCUACUUUGUUGCAUUUUACGUCGCAACAUGCUACUUUGCAGCGUGUUACUUUGCAGUUAGCUACUUUGUUGCACGUUACAUAGUAGCAUCCUACUUUGCAGCUAGCUACUUGGCAGUGUACUACUUCAUUGUACGUUACAUCACAGCAUGCUACUUUACAAUGCGUUACUUUGCAGCAUGCUACAUUGUUGGACAUUACAUCACAGCAUGCUACUUUGCAGUGCAUUACUUUCUUGUGCAUUAGUCACUAGCUAUCAUGCUAAUAUUGGUCAGAAGACCAGAAAGUCUAAUCCAAGAGAUGUUUAUGUUGGCAUGUGUCUGUUAGAUAUGCAGUCAGGCAAUACAUCAGUGAAUCAGUUUAUUUGUCACAUGAAAUCAUAAAAAGGUACAACUCCAGUGAAAUGCAGUCCCGUCAGCUCCUUCAACUUGUGCAUUGUCAUUUUUGCCACGUUUGAUAUUGUAGAAAGCUGCUUCAUAAUUGGUCUGAUAUUCUUACACUAACCCCAACCAACCUUACUCCUCUUGCCUAAACCUAACCAACCCAACCAACGAAGCCCACAAGUACUAGCCAAUCAGAGGGAGAGUAGUGUAGGUCAUGUCUUUGCCUUCCUUGAACACGCUCCAGACUGUUAUUUGCCAGAAUGUCUAAUAACCCUCAGGGUUUUGUUUCUUUGAGUUGAUUUUACAGUCUUGCUAUCAAAAAACUCACUUAAUGCAGCUUUAAGGAUCAUCCAGGCUUUGUUAUUAAUUACAGCCAACUUGAAACAUUUUGAUCACACUAUCGGUCACCUUUCAAGUACAUGAUGUAGACAAAGUGCGUCACCAAUCACCAUGGUUACUGUCAAUCACACAACUCCCACAGAACAGUUCCUUAUACAUCAUCAUGUUUCCGCUUUUAUUUUUUUAUACUUAUGUUCUCAAACAAGAGCUAAUUUCAAGCCAGGUUUAUCACAAGUUGGUCUCAGAGAUGAAAAAAGAUGGAGACUAAAUGUAGACUGUACUUCAGGGACUGUGACUGUAAAAAGGACACUGGUAUUCUCCUUUGAAUCUGUGCUGCACCUGCUCAGCAUCACAGCAGAAAACCAGAGGGUGCUCAUGCUGUUCUGCCUCCACUGUGGACCCAGUCUGGAUACAGCGCGGUGCUUCUACAGCGGGAAAAGGAGCUUUGACUUCUGGACAUGCACAGUUAUCAGCUGCAUGAGGUGAUGGGCCUGCGGUGCGAUGGACUUGAGAGACUGUUUGAAUUCCUCCAUUUUGACGUAGCAAAGUGGGGGAGCUUUAGAAUAUACUAAACCCCCGACAGAACUAUAGAUCAACCUAACUACACAAUAACUUAUGAAACCUGUAGAAUACUACACAGAUAAAAAUGGAUAUUUCUAAAAUAUUGUACUACAAUGUUUUGAUGUGGUUGUAUUAUCCAUCAUAGCAGUGUUAUUGUCCAGAUUUUUACUUUUAACAUUUUUAGCACAGAUCCUGAGAACUGUCACGGCAUGAUAAUAUUAUGGUCUCGGUAUAUUGUGGGACAGGCUACGUCUCUUAGUUCGUUAGCAUCGUUUAAUGUGUCAAGAGAUCUCAUAGGUUCACCGCACUAGCUGGGACUAGCUGUGUGGACUCGUGAGAACUGUUCGGACAGACGUUUGUUAUUUGGUUGUGGCAAAAAAAGAAAAAAAAAAAAAAGGAAAGACACUUAAAAAAUAUGUUGGUUGUCACUUCUUGUUGAUAUUUUUUUGUUUUUGCUUUGCCAUGCUCAGUUGUUUUACAAUGUGUGAACUUGUUUAUUACAUGUCUGAAUAAGAAAAUAACAAAAUUCAAACAAAAGAAAUCACUUUACCUUUUGUCUUUUCUCACUUCUGUUGUUCCUGAUUUGCCUUUUGAGGCAGGGGAGUGCUUUUUUUGUUGUGUUUUCAGCUCCAUCUGGUGAAUGGACUUAAUAACUGCUACUUCUCUUCAACAUAGCACAUGCAGGUUCAGAUUUGACGGAUCAGGCCCAUAAUGCAACUUAAAACACAUUUAAAAAUGGUCCUUCUCCAUAUCCU